GAAAGAGGCAGGACCACUUCCGGCCAGGGGGGGCGGGUUACAAGCUCAGACCUGAGGAGAGGCUUGGAGAGAGCAGACGUCCUCUCAGCUCACGAGGACGAGGCUCAGCUAUUAGCCUUUCAGAAAGAUGGAUAGAAGAAAUGACCAUGGUUAUCGGGUGCCCACAUUCCAGGGCCCUCUGCCUCCCCCUGGGAGCCUAGGGCUUCCUUUCUCUCCAGAUGUACAGACAGAGAACACAGAAAAGGACAACGCCCUGCUGAUGCAUGACCCAUUGUCAGCAACUAAGGACCCACCGAUUGCCAGCCGACCUAAGAAAAACAAGACCAAGAAGACUUCUAUUAAGCCUAUUGCUAAGACCACACCCACCUCCCCUCCAGUCCCACCUGCCAAUGAUAAUGCUAGCAACAAACCUAAAGUAACUUUGCAGGCUUUAAACCUACCAAUGUUCACCCAGAUUAGCCAGGCUUCAGCUGCUACUGAGGCACCUAGUAUCCAGGCUUCAGUUACUGCUCAGACCAAGAAAGCCAAGACAAAGAGAGUUCCCCCCAAGGUAUCCCUAACUGCCAGUGAGGAUGUCACUCCACAGCUCAAGUCACCGUUACAGGGCCUAAACCUGCCAGUUACUGCAUCGACUAGCCAGUCUCCAAUUGCCAAUGAGUCAGCUAAUUCCCUGGCCUUGAUAGCUGUCAGCAAACCCAAGAAAGCUUCUAAGGCAAAGAAGGCUGCCAAUAAGACUGUGCCUAGUGCCACUGAGAUCUCACUGGCUUCGACUGCCACCCACACAGCCACUACCCAAGGCCAAGCUGCCAAGGAGACAGGUAGUGUCCAGGCUACAGCAGCCACUGUCCGAAGUAAGAAAACUUCCAAAGGAAAAAGAACAACUGCUAAGACUGCAAAUACUGACACUGAAUACGUAGAGGCCUCAAAUGCCAUUGAGGCAUCUAGCAGACAGAUUGAGACCUCAGCUGUAGUUCUAAGGCCCAAAAAACCCAAGGGGAAGAAGGUUACCAAUAAAGGCUCAAAUUCUGCUUCUGAGCUCUCUGAGGCUCCACCUGCCAUUCAAAUGGUCACAAACCAUGCCCUAUCAGUCACUGUACGGAUCAGGAGAGGGUCUAGGGCUCGAAAGGCUGCCACUAAGACUCGGGCAACUGAAGGCCAGGCUUAUAUCGCUGACCAAGGAGGUCAGGCCUCUCAGGCCAGAAUAAGUGCCCUGGAGACUCGGGUUGCUGCUGCUGUCCAGGCCUUGGCAGAUGACUAUCUGGCUUAUAUGAGUUUAGAGCCCACCACCAGAACCCGGAGCAAGAGGAACCGGAAGUCUAAACAUCCCAAUGGAGAAGAAAGAACUGGGAAUAAUUACAGGAGAAUCCCAUGGAGCCGGAGGCCUCCGCCACCCCGAGAUGUGGCCAUUUUGCAGGAAAAGGCAAACAAGUUGGUGAAAUACCUGUUGGUUAAAGACCAGACAAAGAUCCCAAUCAAACGCUCAGACAUGCUGAAGGACGUCAUCCAAGAAUAUGAUGAGUAUUUCCCAGAGAUCCUUGAACGAGCAAGUUAUGCUCUGGAGAAGAUGUUUUGCAUCAAUCUGAAGGAAAUUGAUAAGCAAAGUAGCUUGUAUAUUCUUAUCAGCAGUCAGGAGUCCUCUGCAGGCAUCCUGGGAACGACCAAGGACACACCUAAGUUGGGUCUCCUCAUGGUGAUUCUGAGUGUCAUUUUCAUGAAUGGCAACAAGGCCAGUGAGGCUGUCAUCUGGGAGGUGCUGCGCAAGUUGGGGCUGCGCCCUGGGGUAAGACAUUCACUCUUUGGAGAAGUGAGAAAACUCAUCACAGAUGAAUUUGUGAAGCAGAAAUAUCUGGAAUACAAGAGGGUCCCCAACAGCAGACCACCUGAGUAUGAAUUCUUCUGGGGCCUACGCUCUUACCAUGAGACUAGCAAGAUGAAAGUCCUGAAAUUUGCAUGCAAGGUACAGAAGAAAGAUCCCAAAGACUGGGCUGCUCAGUACCGCGAGGCAGUUGAGAUGGACGUUCAGGCUGCAGCUGUGGCUGUGGCUGAGGCUGAGGCCAGGGCUGAGGCAAGAGCCCAAAUGGGGAUUGGAGAGGAAGCUGUGGCUGGGCCCUGGAAUUGGGAUGACAUGGAUAUUGACUGCCUAACAAGGGAAGAGUUGGGUGAUGAUGCACAGGCCUGGAACAGAUUUUCCUUUGAAAUUGAACCCAGAGCCCAAGAAAAUGCAGAUCCCGCCACUAAUGUCAACUUCAACCAGGGAGCUAGUACCAGAAAUAGCUUCAAUGAUGGUGCUAGUAUUAGCUUUGGUGGUAUAACUAAUCCCAGUGGUGGCUUUGGUGGCAUAUCCAACCCCAAUGGUGGCUUUGGGGGCAGAAAUGGCAUUACUUUUGGGAGUGUACCCAACACCUCUGCCAACUUCAGCAGUGCAGCGAGCAUUAGCUUUGGUGGUGCACCCAGCACUAGCACCAGUUUCAAUGGCGGAGCCAGCAUUAGCUUCAGUGGCACACCCAGUACUAGUGCCACUUUCUGUAACACAGCGAGCAUUAGCUUUGGCGGUGCACCGAGCACUAGCACCAGCUUUAGCAGCACAGCCAGCAUUAGCUUUGGCGGUGCACCGAGCACCAGUACCAGCUUCAGCAGCACAGCUAGCAUUAGCUUUGGCGGUGCACCAAGCACCAGCACCAGCUUCAGCAGCACAGCCAGCAUUAGCUUUGGUGGGGCACCCAGCAUUGGUAGUAGUUUCAGUGGUGGAUCCAGCAUUAGCUUUGGCGGCGCUCCUACCACCAGUACCAGUUUCAGUGGUGGAGCCAGUAUUAGCUUUGGUGGUGCACCUUGUACCAGUGCCAGUUUCAAUGGUGGAGCCAGCUGUGGCUUUGGAGGCACACUCAGCAGUACUAUAGCUGCCUUUAGUGGUGCACUCAGCACAAGCACCAGCUUUGGCAGUGCACCGACUACAAGCACUAUCUUCAGUGGUGCACUUAGCACCACCACUGGCUUUGGAGGCACACUUAGCACCAGUGUCUGCUUUGGUAGUUCUCCCUACUCUGGCACUGGCUUUGGAGGCACGCUCAGUACCAGUAUCUCCUUUGGUGGUUCUCCUAGCACCAAUACUGGUUUUGGUGGUACACUCAGCACCAGUGUGUCCUUUGGUGCCUCUUCUAGCACCAGCUCUGACUUUGGUGGCACACUAAGCACUAGUGUAAGCUUUGGUGGCUCUUCGAAUAAUAGUGCUGGCUUUGGCGGCACCAUUAGCACCAGUGCCAGCUUUGGUGGCGCACUGAAUAACAAUGCUGGCUUUGGCGGUGCCAUCAGUACCAGUGCCAGCUUUGGUGGCGCACUGAAUAACAAUGCUGGCUUUGGCGGUGCCAUCAGUACCAGUGCCAGCUUUGGUGGCGCACUGAAUAACAGUGCUGGCUUUGGCGGUGCCAUCAGUACGAGUGCCAGCUUUGGUGGCGCACUGAAUAACAGUGCUGGCUUUGGUGGAGCAAUUAGUACCAGUGCCAGCUUUGGUGGCGCACUGAAUAACAAUGCUGGCUUUGGCGGUGCCAUCAGUACGAGUGCCAGCUUUGGUGGUGCACUGAAUAACAGUGCUGGCUUUGGUGGAGCAAUUAGUACCAGUGCCAGCUUUGGUGGUGCACUCAGCAAUAGCCCUGACUUUGGUGGUGCGUUCAGCACCAGUGUUGGCUUUGGUGGCGCACUUAGUACCACUGACUUCGGUAGUACCCACAGCAACAGCAUUAGCUUUGGCAGUGCUCCCAGUACCAGUGUUAGCUUUGGUGGUUCUCACAGCACUAACCUCUGUUUUGGUGGAGCACCCAGUACCAGUCUCUGUUUUGGCAGUGCAUCUAACACCAACCUAUGCUUUGGAGGCUCUUCCAGCACCAACUCCUGCUUUAGUGGUGCUACCAGUGCCAAUUACAGUGAGGGGCACAGCACCAGUGCCAUUUUCAGUUUUGGGAAUGGGCUAAGUACCAGUGCUGGCUUUGGAAAUGGGUUGGGCACCAGUGCUGGCUUUGGCAGCAGCCUAGGUACCAGCACUGGCUUUGGUGGAAGCUUAGGCCCCAGUGCUAGCUUCAGUGGUGGCCUGGGCACCAGCCCUGGCUUUAGCGGUGGACUAGGCACCAGCACAGAUUUCAGUGGCGGACUAAGUCAUAAUGCUGACUUCAAUGGAGGACUGGGUACCAGUGCUGGCUUCAAUGGUGGACUAAACACUAACACUGAUUUUGGUGGUGAACUGGGCACUGGCGCUGGCUUUGGUGAUGGACUGGGCAGCAGCACCGGCUUUGGUGGUGGACUGGUCACUAGUGAUGGCUUUGCUGGUGACCUGGGUACCAAUACUGGUUUCAGUGGCACACUUGGCACUGGUGCAGGCUUUAGUGUAAGCCUUAGCACUGGCAAUGGCUUUGGCAGUGGGCCUAAUGCCAGCUUCGACAGAGGACUGAAUACCAUCAUUGGCUUUGGCGGUGAUUCCAACACCAGUAGUGGCUUUACUGGUGAACCCAACACCGGCUCCAGCUUUAGUAAUGGACCCAGUUCUAUUGUUGGCUUUAGUGGUGGACCAAGCACUGGUGCUGGCUUCUGCAGUGGACCAAGCACUGGUGGCUUCAGUGGUGGACCAAGUACAGGACCUGGCUUUGGUGGACCAAGCACUGCAGGUGGCUUUGGAGGACCAAGCACUGUAGCUGGCUUUGGUAGUGGACCUAACACCAAUGCUGGAUUGGGGUGGACAAACACCAGCACUGGCUUUGGUGGUGGACCGAGCACCAGUGCUGCAUUUGGCGGUGGACCGAACACCAGCACUGGCUUUGGUGGUGGACGAGCACCAAUGCUGGAUUAUGGUGGACCACCAAGCACCGGUACUGGCUUUGGUGGUGGAGCCAAUGGCCUGGGUUCCUGUGGCUUCUCUUACGGCUAGUAAAGUUUCAGGCUUGUUCCCCGUUUACGGAUAACGCUAACCGCAGCAGUACUUCCUAUGGAGCCAACGUGCGGCUUUGGAAUUGUUGUCCACACAGCAGCCUAAGCACUAUUGGCCCAUCAGCUGAGUGAAACACUGAAAAGUCUGCUGUUCCCGCUUUGUGUUGCUUCCUGUGUUGUUGUCCUAUUUUGGUAUCAGAGUUACAUUAAAUUUGCCAAAGGAAGCUGA